UCUCACUAUUGUAUUGACAUCAGGAGGACGAAGACAUUUUUUUUAACCUUCUCUAACUUUUCUUACCUUCUCGGAAAGUUAUGACGCGCUCCAGUGUGGCUGAACGGACUCAAACCAGAAGGGAGGUGCAAAUUUGAUGCCUAGUGUGCUGGAAGAUUCCUCUCUUGCAAGAUGACCCAAUCAGUGCAAGUUAACCCCAAUCUGUCUGAUUUGGGUUCUCCAUUCAUCUGUUCAAAUCCGGAGGAGACUGACCAACAGUGUUCCUACUCCGUCAAAACACCGUAUGGAUUCCAGCUAGAUUUGGACUUCCUUAAGUAUGUGGAAGAGAUAGAAAGCGGGCACAACAUUAGGCAGAUCCCUGCUUUUGUCCGUCGCGGUGGUCGUCCUGCAAAACUGUCCCAGAGGAGUGCUAGUGUUGGUGGGCGGAACAACAGCUGGAUGUCCACGGAGUCCCUGGCCUCACCCGCUAGUGAGGAUGGAAGGGCACCUCCACCUCCUCCACCACGUAACCGCCUGGGGUCAGCGCCCAGUGAAGUGUUCUCCCUGUCUCCGGUGACCCUCUCCAAUGUUCCUCCACUGUCAACUGCAGCCAAAGUGCCUCCACCACUACCACUGCGCAAUCCUAGGGUGGAGCGCACCCUUCUGGAGACCAGCCGUCGUCUACAGCAGGAGCAGGGUAACCAAAAUGGUGCACAGUUACAGUUGGCAGAUCCUCCAAAGAUACUUCAAUCUGCCCACACGAACUGGACCAAAUCCAGUCCGGGUCACUCUGGGCGCAGCACCCCGGCUACUUGCACAUCAGUGACUCCAAUUCCACCAAGCCAGCUUCAGACAGUUCGGGAGCAGAUGGCCACAGCCUUAAAGCAGCUGAAGGAGAUGGAAGAGCGAGUGAAAGGGGUCCCCGCUCUGGAGAAGGAGGUGGCUAUGCUUCGGGCAGAGAAGGCCAUGCUGCUGUCAGCCCUGAAGAAGCAAGAUACUAUCCAGAUGCAGCAGCAGAAACAGCCCACUGAAACCUCCUCUCAGACCACAGACAUUUAUUUCCAGGGUCGAUUAUCUUCUCCAACAUCGCCAGGUCACAAAGGUUUAAUGAAGUCCAGUGAGCUAAAGAUGCUGGCAGAGAAAUUUGAAGAGACAGUCAUAGCAGACCAGUCGCCUAACGUUUCACCCAGACCUAAGGUUCAGGCAUCAUUGGUGAAAUGUGUGGCAGUUGGGGAAGACAAACCCAUGGACUCUAUUGUCUUCUACUACAGCUGUGGCCUCAAAGACUCCUCUGUGGGCACCCAGAUCAGUGUUUGUGAGCAGAGUACUGGAACAGAACCCUUUCCAGUUCAGGAGGCUUCAUCACAGACCAAAGUUGAAAGUGAGGAAGUUGGAGUUUGGGUGACGGAGCCACUGCCCAGGGUUUCGUCAGAGACGCAGCGAGAGAUGGACGCCUUACAGGACACUAUCAAAUUCCAGCAAGAGUCUAUAGUUGCACUGGAGGACCGGCUCAGUGAGGCCGACAGAGAUCUUGGAAUCUUGAGAGUCCGGAUUAAAGAGCAGACCACCAAAGUCACAUUUGAGAAGGGGGUUAUGGCAAAACCUGAUAGAAAGGAAGUCUUGUUAAGCACAGAGACACCUACACUAAAAGACGUGGCUAUUUUAUGUUAUCCCGAGGUAAGAGAUGUGUGUGUAGGUCUUUUGGUGGACUUUGUUGACCAGUGCACCCAGACAGAUGAUCCACCACCAAAUACAGAACCAGUCUGUGUCCAAAUGGUGACCACAGGAUGUCCAUGUUUGAGGGAAGAAAAGAGCAAGGAACUCAAGGUUGUGAAGACAAGACAGUUGACCGUCACUGAUUACAAAGUCUCAUCUGUGGAAAUGGUCACCACAGCCGAGGGGGUUGAGACAGAACCAGGAGACAAGCCACCAACUAGUACUGUAAAGCCUGGAUUGCUGAAGUCAAUCAUGAAGAGGAAAGAUGGAAGUUGCUCAGGAGAGAAUGGCAGCAAAAAGAGCCUGCAGUUUGUUGGCAUCCUCAAUGGAGGCUAUGAGUCUACGUCCAGUGAAGAAGAAGAUGACGAAGUGGACGAUGAAGAUGACGGCAGCUCCUCUGGGGAAAGUGCAGAAGGUGAAUGUCUGGACAGCUCGGAGGAGGACGAGGCGACGCUAGAAGAGGAGACGUCAGAGGAGGAGAGGAACAUCAACAUGAAUGAGAGUGACACAGACGAGGAAACCCUUUGUGCAAAAUAUUCAUCAGAAGGAGUGAAAGAGAAGUUUGAGCUGAGCUCCAAAUUGCGGGAAGCCUGUCUCAUCCUGAAGAAUCACCUGAAUGAUGAUGAGGACAGUCUGAAGAGUAAGGAAGUGCUCGCCAGUAAUCACACAAUCCAACUGGAGUGGUUCCGCAUUUCCAGUGGGAAAAUGGCGCAACCAUCGCGGGUGUCAGACUACUUGAUGGCAUUCACAGAGGUGUCAGCGGCGCUGCUGGAUCACGUGGUCAACAUGACAGAUGGCAACGGGAACACGGCUCUGCACUACAGCGUCUCACACUCCAACUUUGGUGUUGUGGGCCUUCUGCUGGACACUAACGUGUGCCGCGUGGAUGAACAAAAUAAGGCUGGCUACACAGCAAUCAUGCUGGCAGCGCUCUCCACGGUGAAGGAGGAUGAUGACAUGGUCGUGGUCAGGAAACUCUUCAGUAAAGGCAAUGUCAACGCCAAGGCCAGUCAGGCAGGUCAAACGGCGCUGAUGCUGGCGGUCAGUCACGGUCGGCAGGAGAUGGUUCUAGCUCUGUUGGAGUGCGGCGCUGAUGUCAAUGUGCAGGACGACGAGGGAUCGACUGCACUGAUGUGCGCAAGUGAACACGGCCGAGCUGAAAUCGUGAAGGUGCUGCUGGAGCAGCCGGGUUGUGACAUCUCCAUUGUUGACAACGACGGCAGCAAUGCUCUUUCCAUCGCUCUGGAGGCGUCCCACAACGACACAGCUGUUCUGCUCUACGCGCACAUGAACUAUAUCAAAGCCUAGAGUUCAACGCUGAGGGAGAACCCAACAGCUGUCAGAGGCCCAACCAGCACCCACUGACUUUGGCCAGCAGUGUGACAAUCAGUUCUCCCGCAUACUUGUUGAUGAGAAACCGUUGUCUAAACAAAGAGUUGCGGGUUAUUGAUGAAUAACCAUUUUAUCAAUACAUUUUACAAGUAACCCAGCAACGACAAUAAAUAAUAAUUAUGUUACUGCACUCGACUUAUAUUUACUCUGUAACACCAAUUAAAUCAGUGCAAACAAUGCUGUUAUCCAGUUGGUGGUAUAACAAUAAUGCGUAUUACAUUCUUAGGCCAUCAUGUUUAUGUCUGCUUAAUCCAGCCUACAGUGUCAAACAUUUUCAAAUAACAAAUUGAAUAAAGUAAUGUGGGCAUGCAUGUGCCAAAAAAUAGAUCAAUCAUGUCUGAGAAUAUUAAACAAAAAGUUAAUGCAACUAAAUAAUUUCCAUCUGAUGUUUUUCCAUCAAUAACAAACCGAUUCAAUGUGAGUACAUGGCGGAUUAUGAAGUACAUGCGUGAUUGCUCCUAUGAGCUGCUUCACAGACAUGACUGACAAGACAACUGUCUGUACCGUCCCAGUUGCUAUCAAAUGAACAUUCAUGUCAGAAAUAAA